UUCAACUCGACGAAUUAUCUCACGUUGAUCAGGAGGUCUUUAUCUAUCAGAAUCAAGAGUCAGACCUCUUCUGUGCGCAACUCAUUUUUUCAGUGUCUGCUCCCUGACUCUGACUGCUUUUAGUUCGAGCGGAGUUCUGAUUUUUUAAUUUCAAGAGGUCGAAUCUUGUUAAAUCAACGCGAUGUUCGCUUCAAUUCUGGUAGUAAUCUUUAUUCUGAAGUCAUUUUACGUGAUUCGAGUCGACAGUGUUGUAAUUGGAGCCUUCGUGAUGCCCCACGGAGGCAUCGCUCUGGACCCACGCUACUUUAACACAACAAACGCCACAGCUAAAGCACAAGCCUGGUUGGUGCAUGACGCUUCAAAACAAGUGGGCAAACAAAUCGAUGAUCUCAAGCCUGAUACCAUCGUUCUCAGCACCCCACACGGAAUUGCUGCCCCUGAAGAUUUCAUUUUCUAUCUUAGCCCGAGAGGAUUCGGAUUUUCUGACACGGACAACUGCGCAUGUCCACCGUGCUGUUAUAACCUGUCCGUUGCCAUGGAUUCUAAAGGGAGUGAGAACCUUGUAAGGAUACUCAAGGACGAAAAUGAGAAGGUAUCGUAUCUGAGCGCAUUUGGGCCUCCCGGAAACGAAGAUUUUCCCUUCCCUUUGCGAUGGGGCGAGGUGGUUCCAUUGUAUUUCACAAAAAGUGUUUUAGGCCAGCCAAGUAAGGUGAUCAUUCUGUCCCAGCCGAGUCGCAGGUACACGGAAAGUGUGGAGAUGAUCCCUGAGCUGCACCAUCUCGGCGAAAGCUUGUUUGAAAUUCUCCAAUCGCAGCUGGAGAAGAUCGUGGUCAUCAUUAGCGCUGACUUGGCGCAUACUCACUUGAAAUCAGGGCCGUACGGUUUCUCCACCGCCGCCAAGCCCUUUGACAAAGCGUGCGGAGCUUGGGUGAGCACCCAGGAUUCUGAAAAGCUUGUAGUUGAAGCGGCGUCUUAUGUGGAAAAAGCUCUUUCUUGUGGAUUCACGGGACUGGUUAUGCUGGACGGGAUGUUAAAGGCCAGCCCUUUCACCUGGGAAUCCAGGCUUCUCGCUAACUACCACCCGAGCUACUACGGCAUGAUGUUGGCGUCUUUUUUGCCUCGGUAAUGAUCGCAAACAACCAUGCAGUUUUCUUUAUGAAAUAAAAACGUAAAGAAACGAGAGUUCAUUUUGAAGAUUAAGGUGCAGGUUCUGGGAAAACCAACACGAUUACAGCAAAUUAUUUGGGGAAUUCAUUACUAGAUAGCUUGCUCCUUUCUUCAUUUAUGGUCAAUGAACAAUACCUCCUAAUUAAUAUCGAGAAACCCUGUAUAAUCUCCAAUCAGUUACCUCGUCAACUCUAACAAGUUGUGUUCAGAGGAUGGCCAACAUCCCAUCCCUCAGGUACCCACCCUCGAAAGGCGCUCCUCAAGAUCACCCAUGAACCAAGAGGUAAAACCAUUUUCAUCGCGGUAAACAAGCAACUUUAUUUUAGAUCAUGUUUGUACAUACAAUUUUUUUACAUAGGUUUACAUAUAUACAUAUUACAUACAUAUUUCAAUUCCAGGAUCUUUGUACACAUCCGGUCUAGCCCAAAAGUACCCGAAUGCAGUUACAUUGUUUUCAGACAUGUUUGGCAUAGUGACCUACGCUACCUGGUUCGUUCCCUACAGAGAUCCUGGUCAGUGUGCGACUUCUCCAGCAAUUCUCUAUGUGCGAAACGGAAUUCUCAAAAUAUUGCAAACGCGGAAUUAUUUUAAUUCCUUAAGCACGCAAACUAGGUUUACGAUACCAUUUCACAGUUAGUUUGAUCGUCACAGUCAGUGUUGCCACUUGGGUAUACCCAAAGAAUAGAAGACUACGGUUAGUGUGUACUGCCGAUUCAAUUCCUCUGAGGGAGGGGAAAAUUCAACUUCUGAAACGUGUUCAGAGUAGUUAGCACGAUUGCUUGUCUGAAAGCUUCCUCUGAAAAAUAUUUCUCGUGCCUAUUUAGUUGUCCUCGUACUUUGACAUCCCAGACGAACACAUCUGUCACUUUGUCAUGAAAAAGCUCGGUUGAAAGUACCUAUGCCCUACACGUUAUGGCUAGAUAGCUACCGUGUAAAUUAUCGUGUUCAAGGUUACGGUGUUUUGGUUAUACUUCCAUGAGAUCUCCAUGAGCUUUUAUUAAAACAUCGCUGAGAGAGCUUCGUCGGAUAAAAGUAGCUGAAUUCAAUGAAUGGACUCUAAACCGCUCAGAAAAAUAUUGUACAAUGUAAAAAUGUCGUGUAAAAAGAUAACUGCCGUAUGACAAAAUAUAACACUUCUAAGCGCUUGGCAAA